AUGUUUCACGAUGAUGAAGUUCCACUUCGUUCAGCUAAAAAGAUGGUUCGUCAGUUACGAGCUGCUAGUGAUCGUCUUUGUCGGAAUGAUUUUUUGUCUUCAAUGUACACUACGGAUUUAAACGAUGCUGAAAUGAUUGUCGAUUAUACGGAUAGCACUGAUGAUAAAAAUGAUGAAUCAGAUAGUCGUAUGCUGCUAGAUCAAUAUGAUGCAUUAUAUGAUCGUAUGGUGUUAGAAGAAAAUGAUGACGAAGUAGAAAAUUCUUCAGUUGUCUAUAGUGAUGCAGUUGUUGAUGCACCUGUCGAUGAUUCAUAUUUAAACAACAGUAAUGAUACAAACUCAAACGACGAUGAAAAUAAUUCUGCAGCUAAUGAUGUUACGCAUGGUCCACCUGGUAAAAAAGAUAUUGCAACUGCUCUUGCUCUAUUCCGACAUCGACACAAAUUAUCCAAAUCCUGUAUAAAUGAUUUAUGCGAUUUGUUACGUUUAUUUGGAGUGAUUAAUGUACCAUCUGAUUUUCGUUCAAUUGAGAAAAUUCUUAUGAAAAACGAAGAAAAUAUUUUACAGGGUCAAAGUUAUAUUGUUUGUUCACAAUGUGGUAAUAAAGGCACUAGCUUAACAAACUGUGACAGUGUUCAAUGUAAAUCCAACACUGGUUUCAUGUCAACACCUACAACACUAUGCACAUUUAAACUUUUUCCACAAAUAAAAUCGAUUCUUGAGCGACAUAAUACUAUUCCUGAACCAGAUGGUACAACCUCUGCUACAUCUGAUAUUCAAGAAGGUGAACGAUGGAAUAAUCUUGAAGAAGUUCAGCCGUUCGAUUUGGAUUAUUUGUAUGGUGAUUAA